ACCUCCAAAAUACCCAUAAAGCUGUAAAAUGCAGACGUUUAUACCGCUACUUUGUCUACUAUCAGUCGUUAUAGCCGAACCACCUGUGGGUGAUGGCUACCCAGCAGCUCGUUCCGGUCACGGCCAAGGCCACGAUCACAGCCACGGUCACGGCUCCGAUUUCCAAAGAUCUCUAUCCCAAGAAUACGGCGCCCCCUCUUCCAGGGGCUUUGGUUCCCGCUCCCCCUCCCAAGAAUAUGGCGCUCCGGGCGCAAGAGAUGGUCUUUCCCAAGAAUAUGGUGCACCAUCAGCUAGAGGAUUAUCGCAAGAGUAUGGAGCUCCGUCUGCUAGAGGUCUGAGCCAGGAAUAUGGUGCUCCGGGUCUAAGAAGUGGACUGUCUCAAGAAUACGGCGCUCCGAAUCAACUAAGCUCUGUAGAUUCCUAUUCUGCAGCGUUAAGAUCUCCUUCCACGUCUUAUGGCGCUCCUGACUUUCGGUCUUCUCCUUCUGAAGAAUAUGGUGCCCCAAGUCAAAGAAGUUUCGGAGGAAGCUACUCUUCAGCACGUUCUCCGUCCACAAGUUACGGAACACCAGGUUUCGGUUCAUCAUCCCGAUCACUUUCUCAACAAUAUGGUGCCCCAGCUGCCCGAUCGUCUGUAUCUCAAUCUUAUGGUGCCCCAGGCUUCGGAAAAUCUUCCUUUGGUGCUCGUGGCUCGUCUCAUGGUUCUUCUAGGAACAGUAUUUCACAGUCUUAUGGUGCACCGGCAUCACGUUCCCUCUCUUCUUCUUAUGGAGCCCCCAAUGCAAGAGGUUCGGACUCUUAUUCCCAAGGAUUUAAAUCUGGAUCUUCAUCGUACAGUUCCUCAAGUGCAAGAGGACUCUCUGACACGUAUGGGGCUCCAAAUGCAAGAGGACUUUCUGACACGUAUGGAGCUCCAAACGCAAGAGGACUCUCCGACACGUAUGGGGCUCCGAACGCAAGAGGACUUUCCGACACGUAUGGGGCUCCGAACGCAAGAGGACUUUCUGACACGUAUGGGGCUCCGAAUGCAAGAGGUCUGUCUGAUACGUAUGGCGCUCCGAGUGCAAGAGGUCUUUCUGACACCUAUGGCGCUCCAAACGCCAGAGGUCCUUCUGACACGUAUGGAGCUCCGAACGCAAGAGGUCUAUCGACGGAGUAUGGUGCACCUUCAAGCAGAGCUGCAGGAUUGAAGACUAGUGCUUUUGCGUCAUCUUUUGGGUCAGCUAGGUCUUCCCCUUCUCAAAAAUAUGGAGCACCAGCCGCCCGAGGCGCCCCAUCUGAUCAGUAUGGUGCGCCAGACAGUUAUAACGCGCGCUCUGGACAGAGCCAGGGUUACGACUACUCCAGGGCUGAUUUGGAUGAACUAAACUCGGAGCCGGCGAACUACGACUUUGCUUACAAAGUGAAUGACUACAUGUCCGGCAGUGAUUUCGGGCAUCAGGAGAGUCGUCAGGAAAACAGAGCAGAGGGGACUUACUUCGUCGUAUUGCCUGAUGGGACUAAACAGGUGGUAGAGUACGAAGCGGACGAACGCGGUUUCAAGCCUCGCAUAUCAGUGGAGCCGGUGGACGACGGAUCUGCUGGCGGGUAUGACGACAACGCGCAGGACCUUGGUCGCAGUGCCGGCGGGCCUUAUUAACCGCCGGGCUUUAUUACAUGCUCUUUUCAUUAGUCAGCAUUAGGAAUGUUAGGGACAUCUGACCGGUGUCAGAGACGAACUUGUAACAUUCCUAGUCACAUCACAGCCCGCCUAUAACGGAAUUAUUUAGACAAUUGUAUCGAAUGUUCCGGAACAAUAUAAAAAAUUUAUAAAAUUAGAUUUCCACGUUUUACGUGGACUUAGUGCCUGAUACGAAACAGGAUUUUUUAAGACCAUUUGAUCACCAACGAAUAUUUAAAAAACGAAAAACGGAAC